AUGAACUUGUGGCUCCUAUGGGACGCAGCAAUGGAAGGUCGCAAAGUUUCACCAAUUCGUGCUGAAAGUAGCAGUAAACCAACAGCAGCACAAACUACUGACUAUUAUGCAAACCUUGCAGUACAGGAAGGCGAUGGACGCCUGUACAAAAUGGAAGUGGAUUAUACGAAGCAAACCGAUGAAGCCCUAGAAAAAGCCGCUGCAAUUGCGAAGACUGGCAAUGUUGCUGCCGCACUGGAUUCAUUGGCAAGUUUGGAGAAAUCAACGCGACUUGGCUCAGAUAUGAAAUCGAAUACACGUAUUGUCCAGCAAAUGCCGCGGACAAAGAUGGUAUUUCAGGUACGUAGUUGUUGUGAUAUGAUUGAUAAAACACCAAAUGAGCAAGUCCGAAACAAACUGAUUGAAACAUUGAGAAAUGUCACUGCUGGAAAGGUUUGUUUCACUUUAAUUUGUUUCAAAAUAAUCCAAACUGCUGCUGCUACUGCUGUUGCUGCUACUGCUGCUGCUACUGCUGCUGCUACUGCUACUACUACUGCUGCUACUACUACUGAUAAAAAGCGCCGAAUAUAUGUAGAAGUGGAAAGAGCUCGGCUGACUAGUCGUCUUGUGAAGAAACUGGAAUCAGAAGGUAAGCUUGAAGAAGCAACAACAAUGCUGCUUGAACUGCAAGUUGAAACUUAUGGCUCAAUGGAGCUCAAGGAAAAAGUGAGUUUUUUUUGGAUACAAAUAUUUUCAGUUUUAGUAAAGUUCACUAGAAUUAAAAUUUAA